CUGAAGAGACUCUAUCUUCAGCAGAACGAGAUCAGCGCUCUCGAGCCGGAUACGUUCAGGGAUCUGUCUCAGCUGGAACUACUGCGACUGUACGGAAACAAAUUGUCUCACAUUGUAGUCGGCACUUUUGCCGGGCUCUCCAAUCUGAAAGACAUCAUGAUGUCCAACAAUAACAUCCAGACAGUGGAUAUUGGCACUUUCGCUGAUCUCGUCAAACUGCGACAUCUCUACUUCGAUGGCUACUUCGGUGACAACUUCACUGAAAUCCGCAAAGAACUCAGCGGCCUCCCAUAUUUCAAAUUUUAUCCCUAAGGUCUUAAACAUCUGUUUAUACCUCACAAAGGGACAAAACUUUGACUUCUUGAAUUUUGCUAAAUUUUUAAUAUGUUACAGUACACUCCAUUCACUAAUAUAUAAGAUACAGCAACGGUUCAAUGCGCAAUAGUUUAUUAAUAAUUAAUGUUUAAAAUGUUUUUUUCAAUAAUAAUAAAUGAACCAUGUUUAUCCAAAGAAGUCGCAUUCAUAAAAUGUGCAAAUUAGUAAUGUGUUUUAAAUAUUUCUUUGAUAGAUACCAUUCAAAAAACGUGUACAUAUUGUGAUCAUAUUGAUAGUGCACAAAUUGAAAGCUCCUAUCCCGAAGAUUAAUUGCCAUGGAAUGUAUUUUUUUGUCGUGCUUGUAAACAGUUACCGACACGAAAAGUUUUAAACAUAAAUAUUUGAGAAAUUGUUGCGCACUAGACAGAGUUAGGUACUGUACUUUAUAUUAAUGAAUGGGGGGUGUACUGUAAGAUAUUAAAAAUUUAAAAACUCAAGGGUUGGUCUCCUUAUCAUGAAUUCCUUCGCGACAUAAAAAGAAAUAAAUAAAUCCUUUAAUCACAA